GUACCAAGGCAGCUUCUGGAGGGCCCUGAGAGCCUGCUUUCCCCCGCACUGGCACGGGCCCAUGCUGCUCAUCUGUGGUUCAGCCUACAUGGCUCUUCUUGAUGGAGAUGGGCAGCCACUCAACCUUCACCUCGGCCUGGCCAGCCUGUGCCAGCUCCUCAUCCUCGCUCUGGGGCUCCACAAGCCCUCAGCAGUAGAAACGUCUGAGAUGUCUGAGAGGUCCAAGCAGAAUGUCGCUCAUGGGCUUGCCUGGUCUUAUUACGUUGGGUACCUAAAAAUAGUCCUACCACGAGUGAAAAAGUCCCUGGAGGAAUUCAGCAGAGCCAACCCCAACAUGCUGGCGUGCAGGGAGAUCUGGAAGCUCCACAUCUUAGUCCCCCUGAGCUGUGACAUCUAUGAUGACCUGGAGAAAGCUGACAGCAAUAUCCAGUACCUGGCAGACCUCCCUGAAACCACCCUGACCCGAGCUGGCACCAAAAAAAGGGUCUACAAACACAGCCUCUACGCAAUCAGGGAUGAAGACAAGCUCUGGCACUGCGCAGUGGAGUAUGCCACCCCGCUGCAGACCCUCUAUGCCAUGUCCCAGGAUGAGUGUGCUGCCUUCAGCCGGGAGGACCGCCUGGAGCAAGCCAAGCUUUUCUGCAGGACAUUGGAGGAGAUCCUGAGGGGCUCCAAGGAGUGCACGGGUACCUAUCGGCUCAUCGUGUACAAGGAGCCGGGUGAAGCAGAGACCCACUUCUUGUCCAGAGAGAUCCUCUGGCAUCUCUGGCAGCAGCGUCACGAGGAGUACGCCGUGUACGAGGGGAACCCACCACACAGCCCGUCCGUGAGCGUCAGCUCCACAGAGCUCAACCUCCAGAUAAGUGUGUCAGACCUGCCGCAGCCUCUGCGAAGCGACUGCUUAUAA